UUUUUAAUAGUGAUGGUGCUGAGAACUGGUCGUCCGAGUUGAAGAGAAAAAAGCGGGAUCCCCGGGAACAGGAGCGAGGGUCAGUCGGCGUACCUCAGCUCUCAUUCUUUCCGAUAUUGAUUUCUGGCUUCACCCGCAGUGGGAAAGGGAGAGAUUGAGAGCGAGAGAGGGAGCGAUGGGCAAUUUGAUGAGUUCUUUCUUCAACAAGGAGCCUCCACCGCCCAUGGUGCUGGUUCCCCCCAUCUUCGACUUCCCUCCCCUCUCGGCGCGCACCAGGAUGUUAGUUCCAGCUUAUGACUUACUAUUUGGUAAGCUUGCAUUGUGUUCCCUUUUCGAGGACUACUUUGAGCAAGCAAGGAAUCUUAACACAAGAAUCAUGCUAAAACCAUUGGAGGAUCCUCAUGUGGAUUUAAUUGCAACUGUGUCAGGUUCCCUUGAUCAGAAAUCUGGGAAGGCUGUUGAAGGAAAUGCAAUAUUCCGCUGGCAAAAGGACUUGGAUGAUCCUCAUACAUUUAUGGACCUUAUGGUAUCUACUUCUGAUCCCAUACUGCGUUUGAGGUCAUGUGCUUACUACCCUAGAUAUCAAUUUGGAGCUUUUGGUAUAUUUCCUUUGAUAAUAACAAAAAGGGCACUUCCAGAAGAUUAUGGUGUUAUGGGCUUGAGAUAUGGAUCAGAAAAUCUAUCCAUCGGGACCUCAUUUAUGCCAUUUCCUUUGUCUGGUGAUACUCCAAUCUGUGCAUGGCUAGUCGGCAGGCUUGGGAAAUUAAGUGUAGGAUUGAAGUACAUCCCACCUUAUGAAGGCAAACACCCUUUGAACUUCAAAGACUUGAAGAACUGGAGUUGUGCUAUUGGUUAUGGAUUAGGUUCAAGCAGCCCAUUGUGUCCUUCAUUUAAUUUCAGUCUUGAGCUUGCUAGAAGUUCACAGCUUAUUGCAUCAUUUUAUCAGCAUGCUGUGGUACAGAGAAGGUCUAUACUAUUCAUAAUGCUUGGAGUUGGGCCACAUGCCAUUGACACCCAAAUGGUGACUAAUCCAUUUGAAGAAAACCAGAUAGUUGGGAUUACAAAUUAUAUUGACUUCGGCUUUGAGUUAGUGACAAGGAUCAAUGGAGAUAAAUCAUUGGAGAGUGUGGAUGAAUCCUCAUUCCAAUUAGCUGCAUCUUGGCAAGCUAAUAAAAACUUCUUACUGAAGGGAAAAAUGGGCCCUUCCAGUUCUUCCAUAGCUCUAGCAUUCAAGUCUUGGUGGAGACCUUCCUUUACAUUCAGUAUUACAGCCAUGAAUGACCGUUUGCAUGGGACAACGUCUUAUGGAUUUGGAAUCCGAGUUGAAGAUCUCAGAGAACCCAGUUAUCAAAGGGUCGAUCCGAAUUAUGUGAUGUUGACACCAAACAAAGAGCAUUUGGCAGAAGGAGUUCUUCGGAAUUUUGGAAAGCGGCCUAUGUUUCAAAAGGAAAUAGACUCUGGAAACUUCGAUGGCUUGCCAAGGGAACUAAAACCUAUUGGCAAGAUCUUCUAAAACUUUGAGUUGGGCCAGUCCAGGGAACUUGACAAGCGAUUGCCUUGCCUUGAAGACUCACAAACAAACAUCUAGUUCUUUCACAGGGGGGUGCAACUAAAGAAUGCUGGUAAUUCUUACCUAAAAAGGAACGCUGAUCAUGAUUAACUCUUGCUUAAUGACUCACCUCAAGUGAGCUUUUGUAUGUGUGCUAGUUUUUGUGCUGACAGUAAAUUUUGAUCUCGUUAGCACGAAGCAUGGAUAAGGUGGAUUGGUGUUUUGGUCCCAAGUAUUUAUUUAGUAAAUUCUUUCUGCUGCAUUUGUCAACA